AUUUUCUCCUCCCAUGCUGACCCCCUCUCUCUCUCUCCUAGAUUUUAAACGACCACCCUCCCAUCAAAACCACCUCCGCCCUAUCCAUGAAUAACAACAAAAUCAUCCAACGCUACCCCUCCACCUCCGCCGCCAAAUUACGCCACUUCCCCACCCUCUCCCUCCCCCUCAUCUACGACCGCCACAGGCCCUGGUGGAACCAGAUCCUCGACCCCGGCAGCGAGUUCGUCGACCAAUGGAACCACAUCUUCCUCGUCACCUGCCUCGUCGCCCUCUUCCUGGACCCUCUCUACUUCUUCCUCCCCGUCAUCGGAGGCCGCGUCUGCAUGACCAUCGAUUUCGGAUUGGCCGUCGUCAUCACCCUGAUAAGGUCCGUGGUGGACCUGUUCUCGGUCUUGCAUAUGGCCAUGAAGUUCCGGACGGCCUACGUGGCGCCGAGUUCCAGGGUCUUUGGGAAGGGGGAGCUCGUGACGGAUCCCAAGAUGAUUGCGAUUCGGUACUUGAAAACGGACUUUUUGAUGGAUCUUGCUGCUACGCUCCCGCUCCCACAGAUUCUCUUCUGGUUUGUAAUUCCAGCAGUGAAAAGCCCUAACGCUGCUCAUGCCAACCACACCAUUUCCCUGAUGAUAAUCCUUCAAUAUAUUCCACGGUUGUUUGUUAUUUUUCCAUUGAACCAGCGGAUUAUUAAAACAACAGGGGUCGUGGCUAAGACAGCUUGGGCAGGGGCAGCAUACAAUCUCCUCCUCUAUCUGCUAGCAGGUCAUGUUUUAGGAGCUUCGUGGUAUCUGCUGUCCAUUGAGAGGCAGUAUUCAUGCUGGAGACUGGAAUGUAGAAAGGAGCAGAAUUUUACACACUCGCCGUCUUGCAAUCCUUUGUUUCUGGAUUGCUGGAAUGUUAACAUGCCUGAACGCCAGUUUUGGUUGAACAACACUAAAGUUCUUACCGAAUGUGAUGCUCGUGAUAGUCACGCCUUUAAGUUUGGAAUGUUUGCUGAUGCCUUCACAGAGGAUGUUGCUUCUUCGAAUUUCAUCGAAAAGUACUUUUACUGCCUUUGGUGGGGUUUGAAGAAUCUGAGUUCAUAUGGGCAGAGUUUGAAUACAAGUACUUACGUUGGUGAGACGCUAUUUAGCAGUCUUAUUUGUAUUGCGGGUUUAGUUUUGUUCGCACAACUGAUUGGCAACAUGCAGACCUACUUGCAAUCUUCAACGGCUAGACUUGAGGAAUGGAGAGUUAAACGAAGAGAUACAGAAGAAUGGAUGAGGCACCGACAACUACCUCCAGAUCUUCAAGAUCGUGUUCGCCGAUUUGUUCAAUAUAAAUGGCUUGCUACUAGAGGAGUAGACGAAGAAGAAAUAUUGCGAGCAUUGCCCUUGGACAUCCGGCGUCAAAUCCAAAGGCAUCUCUGCCUUGCCCUUGUUCGCCGUGUUCCUUUCUUCUCCCAAAUGGACGACCAACUCCUCGAUGCAAUAUGCGAGCGCCUCGUCUCCUCCCUGAGCACCAAAGACACCUACAUAGUCCGCGAAGGAGAUCCCGUAAACGAGAUGCUCUUCAUAAUCCGAGGCCAGCUCGAGAGCUCCACCACAAACGGCGGCCGCUCCGGGUUCUUCAACUCCAUCACACUCAAACCAGGCGACUUCUGCGGCGAAGAACUCCUCACAUGGGCCCUAAUGCCUUCUUCAAGCCUCAACUUCCCUUCCUCCACUCGGACCGUCCGAGCACUCACCGAAGUCGAAGCCUUCGCCCUCCGAGCCGAGGACCUCAAGUUCGUCGCGAACCAGUUCAAGCGUCUCCACAGCAAGAAGUUGCAGCACGCAUUCCGGUACUAUUCUCAUCAGUGGAGGACUUGGGGGGCGUGUUAUAUACAGACGGCUUGGAGGAGGUUGAAGAGGAAGAAGUUGGUGGAGGAGUUGUCGAGACAGGAGAGUGGGUAUGGAUAUGUUGGUGGUAUGGAUCCAGAUGGGGAUUUUGAGGAAGACGGAGGAGGUGGGGGGAGUCCGUCGGUGGAUAGUAACGGGCAGUUUCUUGGGGCGACGUUCUUGGCCUCGAAAUUCGCUGCGAAUACUAGGAGGGGGGUGACCGCACAGAAGGGGACAUCAGUGGUGGAGACGGGUAAGAGCGGCUUGGAGAUGCCGAAGCUGUUUAAACCGGAUGAGCCUGAUUUCUCUGCAGAUUGAGAGGAGACACACCGGUUGUGAUACGAAUGCGAUGAUCAGAACAGUUACGUUGCACUUGCAUGCAUGGAAGUAGUUACGAAGAAACAGAACAGAACCCAGGACUGUGCGAGUGGUAACAUGAUAGCAAGCGAAAAGUACAACUUCAAGUUUGCAGGUUCAACUUCCACAGUUACAAAAGCAAGAAAAACUGUGGUGGGCACGAAAAAAUUUAUUCGGGUGAUAACUUCAAAGUCGUGAGAUUAGUGGAGUUGUUGGCCACUCAAUUAUUAAGAAAAAAAAUAUAAAGUAAAAGAGGUCAUAAAUCUCAAUAGAUGUGUACUUUAGUAAAAUUUUUAAGUCCUUUUUGUUGAACUACUUGGGCUUUGUAGCCAAUU